AACACAUAUUGCGCCUGCUUCAAUCAUCUUAUUUUUCAUCCUCAUCAUCAUCGCUCAAACACACAAAGGAGAGAGAGAAAAAAAAAUGGAGAUUGGGUUUCUGGGCUUGGGUAUCAUGGGAAAGGCCAUGUCAAUGAAUCUACUGAAACAUGGUUUCAAGCUAACCGUCUGGAACAGGACACUCUCCAAGUGCGAUGAACUUGUGGAGCAUGGAGCUUCAGUAUGCGAGACUCCAGCUGAAGUAAUCAAGAAAUGCAAAUACACUAUCGCUAUGCUCUCUGACCCUUCUGCUGCUCUUUCGGUUGUUUUCGAUAAAGAUGGCGUUUUGGAGCAAAUCUGUGAAGGGAAAGGCUAUAUCGAUAUGUCAACUGUUGAUGCUGAGACCUUAAAGAUCAAUGAGGCAAUCACCGGGAAAGGUGGUCGGUUUGUAGAAGGUCCGGUUUCAGGUAGCAAGAACUGA